CGGGCUGAGACACCGAAGCAGCCUGCGAGAGAAACAGCGAGGAGGGGAGAGGAAACGGAGCGACGGAGAUGGCGAACAUCAACAUGGGGCCGAGACCGCUGCUGCUUCUGGGGCUCGCGUGGCUCCUUCUGGCCGUCUUAGCGCCAAAUGUCCGGUGUCUAAACGGCGACGAGGACCAGAGCCAGGACACCGAGUGCAAGAUGAAGAGCGUCACCGUGUCGGCGCUGCCGUUUUUGAGGGAAAACGACCUGAGCAUCAUGCACAGCCCGUCGGCCUCCGAGCCCAAGCUGCUGUUCUCCGUUAGAAACGAUUUUCCCGGAGACGUCGUGGUGGUGGACGACCUGGAGAACACCGAGCUCCCCUUUUUCGUCUUAGAGAUCUCUGGGAAUUCAGAGGACAUCCCUCUGGUGCGCUGGAGGCAGCAGUGGCUGGAGAAUGGCACUCUGCUCUUUCACAUCCACCACCAGGAUGGCAGCCUGAACCUGCCCGAGCCGACCGAAGACCCGGCCAAUGAUUCUGCGAAAGAGGAGCUCCGCAUCCUGCACAUCUCUGUCAUGGGCGGGAUGAUCGCCCUUCUGCUGUCCAUCCUGUGCCUGGUACUGAUCCUCUACACCCGCAGGCGCUGGUGUAAACGUCGUCGUAUCCCUCAGCCCCAAAAGAGCGCCAGCGCUGAGGCAGCUAAUGAGAUCCACUACAUCCCCUCAGUGCUAAUGGGAGGCCAGGCUCGAGAGAGCUUGAGGAACUCCAGGGGUCAGGGGCCAAACUCCAGCGGUACCCUCAGCAUCCGGGAGACACCGAUUUUGGAUGGGUAUGAGUACGACAUUACCGACCUGCGUCACCAUCUGCAGCGGGAGUGUAUGAAUGGUGGCGAGGAGUUUGCCAGCCAAGUCACCCGUACCCUGGACUCCCUCCAGGGCUGUAAUGACAAGAAUAAUAUGGACCUCACACCUGUGAGUGACAACACCAAGCUGGCCCUAAUGAACAAAUACAAGGACAACAUCAUUGCCACGAGUCCCAUUGACAGCAACCACCAGCAGAACACCCUGCUGCCACACAAUACCUCCACCAGCCAACGCAAACGUCUCUCCAGCAACACCCGUGCGGGUUCAACUUUCUUGAACCCAGACGGUGACUCUGGAACGGAGGCAGACAGCGAGCCUCAGCUGGCCUUUUACACCGAUCCAAACCGCAGUCGCCGGCGGAGUCGAGGUAUGAGAAAUGGUAAUGCCAACAGCGCGUGGGGCUCAGGGGCAGCAGGUUCCCCGCGGAGCCCCAUCAAUAAGACCACCCUGACUCUGAUCAGUGUCAUCAGCUGCGUGAUUGGCCUGGUUUACUCCUCUCAUAUGUCCUGCAGCCUCUCAGUCCGGGUAAUCCUACAUGUGCCAGAGCACCUCAUUGCUGACGGUUCAAGGUUUAUUUUGCUGCAGGGGAGCCAGUUGGAUGCCUCAGACUGGCUGAACCCAGCCCAGAUCUUGUUGUACUACCAGCAGAAUGCCAGCGGGCCCUGGGUUAGCGAGCUGUGUGGACGACGCCUCCUGGAUCCCUGCGAGCACCAGUGUGACCCGGAGACAGGAGAAUGCCUCUGCCUCGACGGCUACAUGAAGGACCCGGUCCACAAGCACCUCUGCAUCCGCAGCGAGUGGGGGCCCAAUCAGGGUCCCUGGCCUUACACCAUCUUCCAGCGCGGUUUUGAUCUUGUGAUGGGAGAGCAGCCCUCUGAUCGCAUUUUCAGAUUCACGUACACUUUAGGAGAAGGAAUGUGGCUGCCGUUAAGUAAAAGCUUUGUCAUCCCCCCCGCCGAGCUCGCCAUCAACCCCUCAGCCAAGUGCAAGACGGACAUGACAGUCAUGGAGGACGCGGUGGACGUACGAGAGGAGUUGAUGAUCAGUUCGUCCUUUGACUCCCUGGAGGUUCUCCUGGACUCGUUUGGGCCUGUCAGAGACUGCACCAAAGACAAUGGAGGCUGCAGCCGCAACUUCCGCUGCAUAUCUGACCGGAAGCUGGACUCCACUGGAUGUGUGUGCCCUCCAGGGUUGAGUCCUAUGAAGGAUGGGACCGGGUGCUACGACCACCACAUCGGCAUCGACUGCUCUGAUGGUUUCAAUGGAGGAUGUGAGCAGCUGUGUCUCCAGCAGCUGGCUCCUCUAGAGGAUGACCCGACACUCUACAACAUCCAGAUGUUUUGUGGGUGCAUCGAGGACUACAAGCGCGGCCCAGAUGGGAGGUCAUGCCUGCCGCUGUCCGAGGCCUGCACCGAGGGAAUAGACUGUGGGGAGGCAGCGGACAUCCCUGCUAACCAGACUGUGUUUGGAGACCUUUUCUACGGAUACAACAACCACACCAAAGAGAGCGCCUCCGGACAGAUCCUCAAGGCCACGUUCAGACAGAAGAACUUUGCCCGAGGCAUUGAGCAGCAGCUCCCAGAUGGCAUGGUGGUUGCAUCGGUGCCAACAGAGGUCCAGUGCCACGAGGAGCUGUCGGACCCUGUUCCCGACCCAGAAUACCUCACAGGUAUGGUGAACUACAGCGAGGUGUCUGGUUACCCCCUCGUUCAACACUGGAGUCUUCGUUCUGUGCUGUACCACGUCAAACUCAAUCAGUGGGUCCUCUCUCAAGCCUUCAGCUCGGCCAUCCAUUCUCUGGACGGGGCGACGCAGCGGAGCGACUUUGUCUCCAUCCUCAGGGAGUUUGGGAAUCACUAUGUGCAGGAGGCGGUGUACGGCUUCCAGGAGUCCUGUACCAUCUGGUACCCCAACAAACAGGUCCAGAGACAGCUGUGGCUGGAGUACCAAGACAUCAGCAAAGGUAACUCACCUUCGGAGGAGUCUGAGGAGCGCGACAAGGAACCGAGGACGCUGACCUACCCUGCGUACAUCGCCAGUCUGCUGGACACGGGUGCGAAGCGCAUGGCGGCCGGUGUUCGCAUGGACUGCAACAGCCAAGGCCAGUGUCCACGCUCCUGUCACCUCUGCCACAUGAGCCCGAGGGUGGUGCAAGGGAGGCAGCAGUCCGAGCCUGUCCUGCUGCAGAUCACCAAGGCCGCACCCAUCUAUGAACUGGUGUCCAACAACGAGACCUACCAGGCUCUUCAGGAAGCGAUGAUGAGCAUGCUGUGGUGUUCGGGGAAAGGUGAUGUAAUCGAUGACUGGUGUCGGUGUGAUUCCAGCGCUUUUGGCACAGACGGACUGCCCACCUGCGCCCCACUUCCCCAACCUAUGCUGAAACUGUCUUACACCUACGAGCCCAGCAGCUCAUUGGUCAUCAUGGAGUGGAACCACACGGAGCCACCAAUCGGCGUGCGGAUCGUCGAUUACCUCAUUAGCCAGGAGAAGGUGACAGAGAGGACCGACCACUCCAAAGUUGAGACAGAAACCCUUUUGAGCUUUGUGGAUGACAUCCUGUCUGGGGCCAGGUCUCCAUGUGUGAUGCUAGGGGAUAUCCCCAACCUCCUGUCCUCCUCCAUCAGCAUGAUCAUUCGUUGCCUGGAGCCUGACACCACAUACAUGUUCCGGCUGUGGGCAGUGGACAACACAGGGCGGCGUUCCAGUCCAAGUGAGGUCACAAUCAAAACUCCGUGUCCAACUGUGGAUGACGUCAAAGCACAAGAAAUAGCCGAUAAAAUCUACAACCUGUUCAAUGGUUACACCAGUGGGAAGGAGCAGCAGACAGCCUACAAUACUCUGAUGGACCUGGGUGCUCCCACGCUCCACCGCGUGCUCUACCACUACAACCAGCGCUACGAGAGCUUUGGAGAAUUCACCUGGAGGUGUGAGGACGAGCUGGGACCCAGGAAGGCCGGCCUCAUCCUCUCCCAGCUGGAUGAACUCUCCCCGUGGUGUAAGGGUCUGCUUCAGGAGCCGAAGAUCGGCCUCCGCAGGAUGUCCCUCAAGUUCCUCUCCUGCCGUUACACCGACACUAAGGCCUUUGGGCUGAACUGGUCGGACAUGGGCCAGGACGUGCAUAAGGCCUGUGACGAGCAGACGCUCACUGUCAUGUACAAUGACUAUGGCGAGCCCAAGGAGCUGUAAAAUGAUUGAAGGUUUGGAUGUGCACAGGAAUACAGGAGAUUUGUCAAGCCCAACAAAGAAACAAAUAAAAUGCUGGUUUGUUUCCAUAAGCUAUAAAUGAAACACCAUAUACUCUUAUUGGCUUCACCAUUUUAACGGUUAAUAUAUUUAAAAGUCUCAUCAGAGAUUCCAGGUAGGAGAUGAUCUCUGAAGCCUGAUAAUCAUCUAACAAACUGGGACUCUGUUGAUUCAUACCUCCUUCUGAAGUCCAUUCCUCCCUUGCAAUGAUUAGUAGAAAAUAAUGCAAACUUAACACAUUCUGCAGAUGCUUCACAGUAAAACCCUUCCUUGUUUCUUUGCCUUUAAUCAGCUGUUAUUUGUUCUUUUUGAUUGCUGUAUCACUGCAUAAUAAAUAUACAUAUUUUUUUACUAUACAUCAAAAUCCUAUAGAUGAAGUAUGUAAUGAAAGAGAAGCUUAAGUAAAGCUUUAGUAGUCAGAGGGUUGGCCAUUCAAUGACCAGCUCCGUCAGUCAACAUGUUAAGUGUCCUUGCAGAGAGUGUUUACUUAGCCACCAAGGCGAACUUUUUGUUAAUAAAGGUAUGUGUUUAAAUUUGAAAUGUUUUUAGUGUAGAAGUAUUGCAAGGUAGGAAUGGACAGACCUAAAAAGCAUAAAACACCAAAAAAGAUCAGAAAUCUUCUCGAAAACUGAAGCACCUUUUACAGCACACCAUGCCAACUUUCCCCAUUUUUUUUUUUUUUUUUAAAUUGUAGAAUGGCAUGAAAAAUUCCAUCUCUAAAUGAAAUGUAAUGUAAUUAGGGUAAAAAUAAAAAUAUUUACAUUUUUUAUUCAGUCAUGACAUUAAAUGCAACUAUCUUAGUUAAACAAAUAGCUUAAAGGAACGUAAAGGAACCAAACAAAGGCCAUGCAUUUUAUUUCACUUUAUUUCUUUGUUGGACUUUAUUUUCAGUCAAAUAAUAACAGGUCAGAUCUGGGAUAUAAAGGGUCACACAUCAGCUCCUUUGUGCCUGUUUAAAUCCAAAUUUAGUCAUAUCUUUGGAAAUUUGGGGAAAAAUGACAAAAGGCAACUCGUGAUGUCAAACAAGUGGCCAAACUGAUAGUGAUUGUGACUUUUUAGGCAGCCAUCAUCCAUCCCACAGCCUGGAUAGAGCUUGUUGCUUCUUUGACCUGACUCCUGACCCAAAGUCAACACUUUGUUCUCGUAAAGUUUACAUGAAAGAUGGAUCCAGGAGUUUCUGGGUCUUGUAAAGAUUUAACAUUCAUUGAAGCUUCAGUUUCACUGGUACAUUCCAACCAUCGGUAAAUAUUUUACAGCUUCUGAUGCUUGUUGUAUGCAUUCAUUACAAACAACUGCAACACACCCAGCAGGUGAACACUUCAUGGGCUAGAACGUCAUGUAUCUCUUUCAGCUGUGAUUUGGUAUUGGCUGCUGUAUUGUGCGGAGUUGCUUAAACCGUUUAUGAACUAUCACUUCUCUUUUUACAUAUUUUGAAUGAAGUUGUCAGCCUCCUGAACUAGUAUGUACAAACCUGGUUUUGUUUGUUGUUAUUCAAACAACUUAAAAGGUCAAUGCAGUGCAACAUAUUUAAGGAAAAUGUCAUGUAGCGACGCUGGGAAAAAAGCCAGUAUUUUACUACUCAGUUCAAAUGUUAUCAGCCCAUCAAAUAGCUGUUAUCAAAUGUCAUCUGGAGCAUAAAUUUGAGGUAGUAUGGCCCCACUCUGCCUCCUAUAUUCAGGUUUAUUGUUAAGCAGCGACCUCUGGUGGCUGUCGGAAUUAGGACUGGAGCAAAGGAGGAAGUCAGGUGACGUAGCAUAAAGAGCGAUUAUGUCCACAUAGGGAGGUGGUUGGGGUUGAUGGAUCGGUCAAACAAUCACGGGACAUUGACCCAGGAGACCACUGUUCAUGUCCCAUGUGAAACCAAAAGUCAACAUUGACUUAUUUUAACUAACGUACAUCAGUUAUGUAACGUACUUAAUUUACAUACGUAACUCAAGUUUUGUUACAAACGUCAACCACCAAACCAUGAUCCUUUCCCAAACCUAAUCAAGGCAACCUGGUCUCACAGAAAUGCAUAAAAUGGCCUCUUAAUACCACAUUGCAUUGUGGUGAUACGUAAUGUAUCACAAAGGUUUGUAUAGCAUGAAGUCCAGAGUGGCAGAUGGGUCAAACAAACCUAGAACCUUCAUCCAGGAGACCGCUGUUUGUGUCCUGUGUGAAACAAAAAGUCAGUGUUGACUUCUUUUUUACUUUUGACUUUAUGUACUUAAUCCUUUAUGUAGUUACGUGACGUAUUUAUGCGACUUUACAAUUUAGUAUAGAACUGUAUGUGACUAAUGUAGUUAUUUUAAUUGGAAACAGUUUUUUUUUUUUUUUUCUAAAAGCCUAAGCCUAACCGUGCUACUACCAUGUAAUGCAGUGUAAAGAAGUGGUGGUUAUUUCACAUAUUUUUAUGAGAUCAGUUGAACCAAGGUUAUGCACCUUUGCACCAUCUGGGGAACUGGUACAUGCGGUUUGCCUUUUAACAACUGAUAACGGCCAUUUCAUGGGUUGAUAACAUUGGGAACAGGUGCAUUUUAGUUAUCCAUGUUUCUAUGAGAGAGUUGAGGUAGCAUGUAAGAAGUCAAAGAGAUUUUACAGGAAAGAUAGAAGACAAAUAAGAGAGGAUGUCUCCUGGGAGUUAUUUUAGUAGUAUAGACAUUCAAAACAAACUUGUACAUAGCAUUAUCAUAAAGUUUUAGCGAUAUAACCUGCUGAAUGUAGUAUCAAUAGUUUGCAUUUAUAAGUAAAGCUGUUAUAAAGGAGUUUUACUAAAACAGGCAUCACAGAGGAAGUACACAGAUCAGCUCAUUUUAUUUACAUGUUCUGUAAAGGUGCCAAACCAUUUGACAGUAUUUUCCUUUAUCAAUUUAACAUAUUUCAAAAUCUAACCAAUCAACGCUGUUUAAAGUGAUAAUUCGGUAUUGAAAAGGCAAAUUAACAGUGUCUUAAUGUUUUCAACUGCUUCUCUGUAUGUUUAAACUUCAUGCAAUAACGUCUUUAGAGAGAUUUAUCAGACAUUCUCAUUAAUACCGUGUGUUUAUUGUGAGUAAAUUUCUACUUUAGUUUGGCCUCUAUUUGUUCUGUUAUCAUUUUCUCAUUGUGCAGUGGCCAUGUUGGAGAUUGAUGUCAAAGAAAUGCAAAUGUAUAUUAGUUGUUGAUUUUUAACAAAUCUCAUAUGUGAAUACUAAAACAAACACUUGUAGAUUUUUGUAUAGGCGGCAAAGUAUUUCAUAAAUGCAUCACAUUAUAGCACAGUACAGUGUUUUUCUUCUGUAUAUACAUGUACAACAGGUGAUAUUUUACAACAUUGCCAUGUGCUUUAGUAGAUAAAAUAUUGUAUUGUUAUAUCUGCUGUGUAGCUUAGUCUAGCGAUUGGAUUAAUGAAACUGGAUUAGACCUUUGUCAUGAACUGUAAGUGACUGGUUGGUUAAAAAACUAUAUAUACAAAAAUGGUAAAAUGCCAAACUAAUUGAAACAGGCAACAACAUGGAGAGCUCUUGACCUUUGAGAGAAAUGUGAACCAACCAUCUACUAUCUGCAUGAUAUUAUUCUGUCUAUACUGUCUGUGGCUAUCAUACACUUAACUUUUUCACUUUGAUCUUUGCUACUUCAAAGAACAAUAAAGAAUAUAUUAUGAAAA